AUGGAAUCCUCGGAGGAAUCGACGCCUUCUACAAUGGCCGAACACAAAGAGAGGAAGCCGACCCCUCAGCAAAGCGUCCCCCGAUGGAGACAGCUUUUUGGCAGAAGGUCGAAGGAGGAUGAUGAGACCGAGGAAGAGACCUACCGAGCCAGAUCGACUCUGGGAAUCCUGAGUGAUAAACAGACAGAUGAAGUACCUGGAACGAUCCUUCUGCUGUCCUCCAAUCGCAAUGAGCCUCUCGGAAUGAGGCACCAGCCCCGCCGAACAUCAACCUCAUCAAUCCAUUCCUCCGCUCCUCCUUCCCGAUCUUCCUCUCGAUCUGCUGCUCCUCAGAAGAAACGAACUGCGGAUGGGCAGAUCGUUCUCGAACCACAACCGGACGACUCCGUGAACGACCCCCUCAAUUGGCCAGUUUGGCAGCGAGACGCGGCACUGUUCUCCUUAGGAUUCUACUGUUUGAUGGGAGGAGGAAUGACUACAAUCCUGGCCGCUGGGUUUGAUGAUGUUGCUAAAUCCUACGAUGUGACAAAGCAGAAGGUGGCCUACACCACUGGAUUGUACAUGAUGGGUCUUGGACUUGGAUCCGUUAUCAUGUCUCCCACGGCCAUUCUGUUCGGAAAGCGUCCCGUCUACCUUCUGGGUGCGGUGCUUUUCAUUGUGUCUGGCGUCUGGUGUGCCCUUUCGCCGAACUAUCCAAGUUUGGUCGUCGCUCGUAUUUUCCAGGGAAUCGCCGUGAGCCCGGUCGAGUGUCUUCCGUCUGCCACGAUUGCAGAGAUCUAUUUCCUGCACGAGCGCGCGUACCGCGUCGGUAUCUACACCCUCUUGCUACUCGGAGGGAAGAACUUGGUCCCACUGGCUAGCGCUGCUGUGAUCGGCAGUUUAGGUUGGCGCUGGGUGUUUUGGAUCGUCUCGACGAUUGUCGGUGCUUGCUUCUUCUUGCUGUUUUUCUUCGUUCCAGAGACGUUCUGGGAUCGCAACCCUCGGCCACGCAAGCACCACAAGCGCCCUCACAUGGGCAGAACUGUGUCUGACCUUGUCUCUCAUGGUUUCCGCGGUCGUCGCCCACAUCUUGACCUCCCCCAUGAGUCUACCGAGGCCAAAGGGGAAGCUGCAACGGAUAUGCCGGCGACCCCAAGAAAGGAGAAGCAUGCGCAUUUCACUUUUCCGGACGAAGGGGGUAACGAGACGCAGGCUCCUGAGAUAGCAGAAGACCCUCAAACACCCGGCAACGCCGCGAGUCCCGUUGCCGAUGACCAGAUUGUCACGGAUCCGUCUACCCCGGCCGUCGAGCGUAGCAAUGGUUUUCUGCAGCCACCUGCCCCGGCUGUAGUGUCACCCCAGUCUCCAAGCGAGUUGGAGGCUGCAUGGAGACCGGCGCCAUCGCCUUCACGCAGCGAAUCGCACUCGCCGGGAAUGCACCUUCCCGCCACCCUGCAGUAUACGAACAGACUUCGCGAUCGCCCUAAGAUUCCUUAUUCUCAAUUGCUGCAAGUGUGGAAUGGUCGCAUUGCCCACGACAAAUGGACCAAAGUUGCUAUGCGACCUUUCAUCCUAUUCGCUUAUCCGGCCGUCCUCUGGUCGGCCGUGGUCUAUGCCCUGUCGGUCGGCUGGUUGAUUGUGCUUUCCGAAUCCGUUGCAGUGAUCUACGAAAGCUCCGACCACUACGGCUUUACCCCACUUCAGACCGGUUUGAUCUAUAUUUCGCCAUUUUUGGGUGGCCUGCUCGGCACGGCUGUCGCGGGAAAGGUAUCUGAUAUCAUUGUGCGCUUUAUGACGCGCCGCAACGGUGGUAUCUAUGAGCCCGAGUUCCGUCUGGUCAUGACAAUUCCUAUUGCGCUCUCUACGACCAUCGGAUUGAUGGGCUUUGGCUGGAGCGCCCAGGCAAUGGAUGCAUGGAUCGUGCCUACGAUCUUCUUUGGUCUCAUUUCGUUUGGAUGCUGUCUUGGCAGUACCACUGCCAUCACAUUCUGUGUCGACAGCUACCGCCAGUAUGCUGGAGAGGCUCUCGUUACCCUGAACUUUAGUAAGAAUGUCCUCCACGGCCUUAUCUUCUCUCUCUUCAUUGUCAGUUGGCUCCAGUCUGAUGGCUCCCGGACCGUAUACCUAGCCAUUGGUGGCAUCCAGCUAUUCUGUCUCCUGAUGACGAUUCCAAUGUACAUCUACGGCAAGCGGGCGCGCAUGUGGACUGUGCGCAAGCGAUUAAUGGAGCGAUUCUGA